AUUGGGCUCAAUUGUCCAUCACAAGAAAGUUCAAGGAUUGAUUUGGGUACUCACCUUUCUUCUUCUUCUUCUUCCUGCUGCAUCCGGAUUCCAUAGUUCUCACAACUAUUCUCCUCCUUCCUAAACCCUAAACCCUAAACCUUAAACCCUAACAGCCGGCGCAGCAUCUCUAAUCUCCUUUCCCUGUAAGCGCUUAAUUGGAUCCAAUUAGGGUAGUCUUCCAUCUCUCCGCGUUAUUUAUCAUCAAAUUUGGCACGAAGCAAGAAGAAGGCUCCGUCCGUAGUCGUCUACUCGGUCUUUCUCCUUACUCAAACGCAACGGGAGCCAAGAGUUUACUGUGAAAUCAAGUUAGUAAAAAUUGAGGUCGUCUUUCCUUAGAUUUGAGCUACACUUUUGCUGAAUUUUGGAAAGCAGAAUGGAGAUUACAAUAGAAGAUUACAGACAGCCGGUAGAGUUGAAGACUGCACUAGGGUCGUCCAGUUUGGAAGGUUGUGAUAGCAAUGCUGCGAUCUUGCCAGCAAAGAGAAGCAAGAAAGUAAAGGGGAAAGAUCAGCGUCUUGAAAAAGUCCAAUUAGACCAAAAGCCGAAGUUGAGCAAAUCUCAGAAACGAAAGUUGAAGAAGUUGGAGGAGGAAAAGGAAAAGGAACUUUUGCUAUCAAAAAGCAUUGAGACCUUGGAGAAAUACAAGAUUCCAGAGGAUGCAUAUUCUCUGUUGCGAUCUUCAAAAAGUAUCGGUCGGGCUGAGACAAUGCUGGAAAAGCGUAGGAGAGCAGUUCAGUUUUCCAAGGCAGGUCUCCAAGUUCCACACUAUGAUAGAUCUUCAAAGGAAAGGAAUGAUGGUGAUUCUUUGCCUGAAACUGAAGCAGAGUUAGAUGAAAUCAACUUGAGGGGCAAUAUGAACAAAAAUUACCUUGUGGAACCAAUGAUACUAGAAAGAGAAGUUGUAAAUAAUGCAUCUGAUUCUAUGGGAUCUUCUGAUGAGCCAGGUGGAUCAGUAGAUGCCAUGCCAGCUGAAAUAGUUCCCAAUGAGGGAAAGAAUGCAUUGCUUGAUGAAGACAGUAGCCCAAUGGGUAAAGCAAAUGAGAUUCCAAAUGAUUUUACCUGGAAUAAAGAUGUACAAAACUGUCCUUUGCAGAGAGUUAUUACUACCCCAACUGUAGUGCAUGUGUCAAGACCAGAUGAAGUAGAAAACAAAAGGAAGGAUCUCCCAAUUGUUAUGAUGGAGCAGGAGAUAAUGGAAGCCAUAAAUGAGAAUCCCACCGUUAUUGUUUGUGGAGAGACUGGAUGUGGUAAAACCACACAAGUUCCUCAAUUUCUAUAUGAAGCUGGCUUUGGUUCAAAUGAAUCUAGUGUUCGAAGUGGUAUCAUUGGUGUUACUCAACCUCGUCGUGUUGCUGUCCUUGCCACUGCCAAGAGAAUGGCAUUUGAACUUGGUCUCCGUUUAGGUAAAGAAGUUGGCUUUCAAGUUAGGCAUGACAAGAAAAUUGGAGACAGCUGUUCCAUCAAAUUUAUGACAGAUGGAAUUCUACUACGAGAAGUUCAGAAUGAUUUUUCAUUGAAGCGUUAUUCUGUCAUAGUUUUGGAUGAAGCUCAUGAAAGGAGCUUGAACACAGACAUACUAAUUGGGAUGCUUUCCCGUGUAAUUCGACUUCGUCAGGAUUUAUAUGAGAAGCAACAGCGCAUGAUGCUUUCAGGAAAAACUGUAAAUCCUGAAAGUAGGAUAUUUCCAUUAAAACUUGUUCUGAUGAGUGCUACGUUGAGAGUGGAAGACUUCAUCUCUGGUAGAAGAUUGUUUCAUAAUCCUCCUCCUGUUAUAGAAGUUCCUACAAGACAAUUUCCAGUAACUAUACAUUUCUCAAAGAGAACAGAGAUUGUGGAUUAUAUAGGUCAGGCCUUCAAAAAGGUCAUGGCAAUUCAUAAGAGGCUGCCACCUGGUGGCAUACUUGUCUUUGUCACUGGACAGAGAGAAGUAGAGUAUUUAUGCAGUAAGUUGCACAAGGCUUCCAGAGAGCUGAUUGCUAAUACUUUUAAAAGAGAUGUAGGGACUGAAGCAGCUGCUCCCUCAGAAAAGAGCUCAGUUGGGGACAUUGAUAUGAAGGAUAUUAACGAAGCAUUUGAAAUCUCCGCAAACUCAACUGACCAGCAGACUGACAGGUUUAGCUCUUAUGAGGAAGAUCAGUAUGAUCUUGAUGAGAAUGUGUCAGAUACUCUGUAUGAUUCAGAGACAGAGAGUGACCUAGAAAUUGAUGUUGAGGAUGAUUGCACAUUGAACCAGAAGACCAUGGGAAAUGGUGAUAGUCUUGUUGAUGUGUUAGGGGAUGAUGGGAGUCUUGCUUCCCUUAAGUCUGCUUUUGAAGCUCUGGCCGGAAAAGAUGUUCGAAAAUCUAAUUCUGAAGGAAAAGAGGCUGUGACUAAUAGCGUGGAUGAUGGGUCUGAGCAAUCCAAUUCCUGUAUUGAGAAGAAGAGGGAAGCUGAUAAAAGUAUUAAUCUAGGCACACUACAUGUUCUGCCUCUAUAUGCAAUGCUGCCUGCAGCAGCACAGCUUCGUGUAUUUGAGGAGGUUAAAGAGGGAGAGCGACUUGUUGUUAUUGCCACCAAUGUUGCCGAAACCUCCUUAACCAUUCCUGGAGUAAAGUAUGUGGUUGAUACUGGAAGAGAAAAGGUGAAGAACUACAACCCUACCAAUGGUAUGGAGACUUAUGAGGUGCAGUGGAUAAGUAAAGCAUCUGCUGCUCAACGUGCAGGAAGGGCUGGAAGAACUGGACCUGGCCAUUGCUAUCGUCUGUAUUCUGCUGCAGUCUUUAGUAACAUACUCCCUGAUUUUUCUUGUGCUGAAAUAUGUAAAAUACCUGUUGAUGGUGUUGUUCUUCUCAUGAAAUCCAUGGGUAUUGAAAAGGUAGGAAAUUUCCCAUUCCCAACUGCUCCUGAGGCUACUGCUCUGGUUGAAGCAGAGCGUUGCCUGAAGGCUCUUGAAGCACUUGAUGGUGAUGGAAGAUUGACAUCUUUGGGAAAAGCCAUGGCUCAUUACCCCAUGAGUCCCAGACACUCAAGGAUGCUCCUUACUGUUAUUCAAAUUGCUAAGGUGGAAAGUUAUGCUCAGCCAAAUCUAGUCUUUGGAUACGCAGUUGCUGCAGCUGCAGCUUUGAGCUUGUCAAAUCCUUUUGUCAUGCAGUAUGAAGGAAGCCAUACAAAUGCCAAUGACUCAAAGCAGAGCAAUGGAUCUGAAGCCCUAGAUAAUGAGAAAAUGAUGCAGAAACAAGAGAAAUGGAAGAAAAAGAAACUAAAAGAAGUUGCCAAGGCAUCCCGUGCGAAAUUUUCUAACCCUAGCAGUGAUGCUUUAACAGUUGCCUGCGCAUUGCAGAGUUUUGAACUUUCUAAAAGCCAGGUGGAAUUCUGUAAUGAAAAUGCAUUGCAUUUUAAAACCAUGGAAGAGAUGUCAAAGCUAAGGAAGCAGCUUCUUCAGCUGGUUUUUAAUCAAAAUGCUAGUGGUGAUAGAGAGCAGGAUUUCUCAUGGACUCAUGGAACUAUGGUUGAUGUUGAAAACUGCUGGAGGGACUUAUCUAGUGAAAACCGCCUUUCAUUGGAUGAGGAGGAGCUGUUAGGGCAAGCUAUCUGUGCUGGCUGGGCUGAUAGGGUUGCAAAACGCAUUAGAGUUUCAGGGUCAUCCGAAGGAGAUGGAAAGGUCAUUGCACUUAGAUAUCAAGCAUGCUUGGUUAAAGAAUCUGUAUUUCUCCAUCGUUGGUCAUCUCUUGCCAAGUCAGCUCCUGAGUUUUUGGUGUACAGUGAACUAUUGCAGACAAAACGGCCAUACAUGCAUGGGGCAACAAGUGUGAAAUCAAAAUGGCUUGUUAAAUUUGCUGGCUCUUUGUGCAGUUUUUCUGCACCCCUUACAGAUCAUAAACCCUAUUAUGACCCUAAAACAGACCAGGUGUAUUCUCAUGUCACUCCAUCUUUUGGGCCUCAUUUGUGGGAACUGCCAUUGCAUAGUUUGCCAAUUAGUGGUAAUGAACAUCGUGUGGUAGCAUUUGCAUUUGCAUUACUUGAAGGGCAAGUAUUGCCAUGCUUAAGAUCUGUCAGAAAGUUCAUGUCAGCCUCUCCCUAUAUCAUUUUGAAGCCAGAAUCAUAUGGUCAAAGACGAGUUGGAAAUCUUCUUUACAAGUUAAAGACUAAUUCAAUUGUCUCUUGUGCUGUUUUGAGAGAGACAUGGGAGGCAAACCCCAGGGAAUUGCAUUCAGAAAUACUGGACUGGUUUCGAGAAGGCUUCCACAAGCAAUUUGAAGUGCUUUGGUCACAGAUGCUCAAUGAAGUCCUCCUAGAGCCCCAUGAACGAUUCCCCAAGAGGGUAAAGAGAGAAAAAAGGAAAAAAUAAGUUGUUGGUUUUAAAGCAAGGUUGAAAAUGCGCUGCAUAUUCUUGGUUGCCUGCUGCCCGUUCUUAAAAGAGCCUAAUCUCUGUCUGAGCUCCAUCACAAAUUACAAAAGACCCAUGGACUAGAAUGUCUUUGCAAGUUGCAAGUAAUUAUUCAGGUAAUCUCAUAAACCCAUCAUGUUCUUACUUGACAACGAUAAAAAGUUAGCUGGUAUGUGGAGUAUGUGGCCAUGUGCAUAUAUCUUUUCCACAGGCUCCUUAAUUCUUGGAGUCUUAUGGCUGUUUUCUGCUACUUAAGCGUUCUUUCUGGGACAUUCUUAAAUUAUAAAUUUUGGAAUUCCAUGUUUACACCUGAAAUUUUGUAAUUAUUUCAUUCUUUGGUGAAGUGAAUCCGUAUGAUUAUCAAUAAUACAGUAAUCGAUAGCGACGUGCUUACUCCAGUUCAAAUGCAUUGUAUUUGUUCAUGUUGAAAUGCGGUUGUGGUCCAAACUCAUAUUUUCUUGCAUUCCAUGGAGCCACAUGCGCAUGUUCUUGGCUUGUACAUUAGUGCUUUUCAUUCUUUGUGGCUGUGAUGCCCUGAUCGGGUGAGGAUGUGGGAAUUGAGAAAGAAUAAAAAAAAACUUUCCAC